AUGGUGCCCCCCGUCACCAUUCGUAACGUCAGCAACAACCCGCUCACCCUGGUGCUGGUCGAGCACUUCGACCCGGCGCCCGACGAGGGUUUCCAGUUGCAGAAUGUCACGGCAUCCUUGGCCACCAUCACCGACGGGCUGGGUCUGACCAACAGCACCACCCGCAAAGCCGUGCCCCAGAUCCCCGCGGACGCGAGGCCCUUUGCCACCAGAGAGGUGUCGAUCAAGCUGCCGCCGUUCACGGUGGUGCCCACGGAUAUCAAGGCCGUCAUCAACAAGCCGAACGAGCGUCUCCGACUGACCUUCCAGACCGACCUGGGCGGCAAACACCAGAUGUACUGUCCCGUGCCGACGGCGGAGACGGCGUCGCUGGUCGCUCUCGCCCCCAACCCCAAGCUACGCUUCACCGGCAUCUUUCUCCCCGACACGUCGUUCGUGGCCCUGUUUAACACCUCGCACAUGGAAAGCUGGAUGAAGGACCUGCCCGACCACACCCCGCUGGGGGUGCUCUCGAUUCCCGGCACGCACAACUCGCCGACCCACUACCAAGCGGCGCCGUCGGUGCGGUGUCAGGCGGUAUCGCCGAAGGAGCAGCUGAAGAACGGGGUGCGGUUCUUCGACCUCCGGGUCCAGGUGCCGGAGCCGUACGACCCCAAUUCGGACAAGCUGAUGCUGGUGCACGCGGCGUUCCCGAUCUCGCUGACGGGCCACAAGUACUUCCGCGACCUGUACACGACGAUCCUGGAGUUUCUGAAAGCAAACCCCAGCGAGACGCUGAUCGUGUCGCUCAAGCGCGAGGGCACGGGCAAAGGCACGGACGAGCAGCUGUCGCGCAUCCUGAAGAACAACUACACCAACCCGCGCGAGUGGUUCACCGAGCCCCGCGUCCCCUCCCUGGGCGAGGUGCGCGGCCGCAUCGUGCUGGUGCGCCGCUUCGUGCUCGAGGAGCCGCUGCGCCAGGAAUGGGGCGGCCGCGGCUGGGGCAUCGACGGCCACGUGUGGGCCGACAACACGCCCAACGCCACGUGCCCGUCAGGCGACAUCGUGGUGCAGGACUUCUACGAGGUGAUGGAGAAGCCGUCGAUCCGGCAGAAGAUCACGUACGCGUGCGACCACCUGGAGCGGAGCGGGUGCUGCGUCUUCCAGGGGGCCGGCGGCGUCAACGCGGCCGGCGGGAACAACAACAAAAAAUACCCGCUGUACAUCAACUUCCUCAGCGCCAGCAACUUCUGGAACGUCAACUGCUGGCCCGAGAAGAUCGCCGCCGAGGUCAACCCGGCCGUCGUCGCCCACCUGUGCCAGAAGCACAUGAUCGGCCCCGACGGCCGCGUCAAGGACGGCGACUGGAGCACCGGCAUCGUCGUGACCGACUGGGUCGGCCUGGGGGGCGAUUGGGACCUUGUGCGCUGCAUCGUCGGCAUGAAUGCCAAGUUGCUUGCUUAG